AUGUCUGAUGGAGGUGAUGAGAACAGCACUCAUCCAUUUAACAUGACCGAUGGUGGACAUGCGAAUGUGACAGAGGGGUGCGAGGGGGUGAGCGCAGACUUCCAGUACCUGCUUUUGCCGAUAGUGUACAGCCUGGUCUUUGUGCUGGCGAUGGCAGGGAAUCUGACUGCGCUGGUGCACUUCCUGCGCACCCGGACGGUCACGCAGCCCUCACACAUCUUCCUGGUCAACCUGUGCAUCAUCGACCUCCUCUUCGCCCUCACCUUACCCUUCAACGUGGCCUACCACGCCCGCCACAAUGACUGGCCCUUCGGAGAGGCCAUGUGCAAGGUCAACGGCGCCCUCUUCUUCGGCAACCUGUACGGCAGCUCCCUCUUCCUCAUGCUCAUCUCGCUGGACCGCUACCUGGCCGUGUCGCAUCCGCUGCGGGCUCUGCGACUACGCAGCCCCAAGUACCGCAUCCUGCUGUCCUGCAUGGUGUGGGCAAUCCUGGCCUCAGUGAUUCUGUACCUCACCCUGAGAGGCCCCCUCACUCGCCCUUUCCCGGAGACGGGCCACAUCGCCUGCAUGGAGAACUUCUCCUCUAAGUCAUGGCGCGGACGGAUCUCCUCCGUCAGCCUCCUGGCGGCGGUGAUCGGCUUCUUCAUGCCGUUGCUGGCCAUCGCCACCUGCUACCCACUCAUUGCUUGCAAGCUGCUGGAGCAGGGGCGGGGCGUGGAGGACGGGGGCGGGACGGGGGCGCCGCUCUCCGCGCAGCACGGCUCGGGGAGGCUGCGGAAGAGGGCCCUGCGGAUGGUCCUGCUGGUUCUGGGGGUCUUCCUGCUCUGCUUCGCCCCCUACCACCUCAACCAGCUGGUGCACACCUUGGGCAGGAUGGGCGUGUUCGCUGAGUGCCCGCUGAUCCGCUUCACCUAUCCAGCGCGCCGCGUCGCCAUGGCCCUCUGCAGCCUCAACUCCUGCUUGGACCCCGUUGUGUACUGCCUGGCCUCUGAGAGCUUCCGCUGGGGGCAGCGAACCAGCAGGAGCCGCAUGCGGGGACUGCCCCUGGGGCUGGGCCACAGGCGUCAGGCAGGCAAAGGCACCACUGAGGUCGCUCGGCCGGAGCAUGACACACAGAAAGGGGUGGUUCUGCAGAGUAUCAAAUCUCCAGCCCACUGA